AUGAGUUCUGGAAUUGCACGAGGUCGAUUAAUGGAAGAACGCAAACAAUGGCGUAAGGAUCAUCCUCAUGGUUUUUGGGCAAGACCAGGAAAGAAUGCUGAUAAUUCUUUAGAUCUUAUGCAAUGGACUUGUGGUAUUCCUGGAAAAGAAAAUACUCCUUGGGAAAAUGCGGUAUACAAGUUGGUGUUGACGUUUCCUGAAGGCAAGUUUGUUCCAGCACUCUUUCAUCCCAAUGUGUAUCCUUCUGGAACAGUUUGUUUGUCUAUCUUAAAUGAAGACGAAGGUUGGAAACCUGCCAUCACUGUGAAACAAAUUUUGACUGGAAUCCAAGAUUUAUUGAAUGAUCCUAAUCCUGAAAGUCCUGCUCAAUCUGAUGCCUAUGUCCUCUUCAAGAAAAAUAAAAAGGAAUAUGAACGAAGGGUACUUGAACAAGCUGCCAACAACCGACCAUGA